AUGGCGGGCCAGACUGAGAGGAUCUUCGUCCUCCCCGGCGACCAGAUAGACCCCUCGCGGGUCCCAUCGCAUCCCAAACGACCGUUACGGCUCGGCCCAGGACUUCGGCAUAUACCCCCGAGCGAACUCGUGCCUACAGUCGCCGGCCAACUUAUCACCGAUCAUAAGCGGAAUUCGAUAUGGGUGGAGUACAACGGCGGCCGAUACAUACCAACCGUCGGUGACCUCGUCAUCGGGACCGUUCAUCAUUCAGCAGCUGAUUACUUCUACGUCACGCUGUCCAGCUACACUUCGAAUGCCGUGCUGCCCCAGCUAGCAUUUGAGAUGGCCACCAAGAAGACGAAGCCUAACCUGAAUCCCGGGGCCUUGGUCUACGCGAGGGUCAGCCUUGCCAAUCGUCACAUGGACCCCGAGCUCGAGUGCGUCUCGCCGGAAACGGGCAAGGCGGGCGUCCUCGGCCCCUUGAUCGGGGGUAUGUUGUUCGAUAUCUCGCCAGGAAUGGCGAGACGGCUCUCAAUGCGAAAGUAUGCCGAAGAAGGCAAGGUCGUCAUCCUCGACGAGCUCGGUGCGGCCGGUCUCGCUUUCGAGACUGCCGUCGGUAGGAACGGGAAGAUGUGGGUCAACAGCGAGAGCAUCAAGACGGUGUUAGCGGCGGGACGGGGCGUGAAAGAGACAGAUGAGAAGAAUCUCGGUGUCGCGCAGCAAAAGAAGUUGGCGCGCAAACUCAUCAAGGAUCUGAGCUAG